CGAAGAAUUCAUUCAAUCGUGAACAUCGAGCAUACCGUAUUGGAACAGCUGUCGUCCAAGAUCUGCGGGAUCCGUGGGAAAGGGCAAAGUCAGCCUGAAGUCCGAGGUUACACGCAGGUCCGGGAGGGACGCACGCUAACGACUUCAACUCGCCAGAGACAACAUUUGACAGCCAAGGGGAGAGCAAUUACUCCUCGUUCACGUACGAGGGCGGUGCGAGUAUCUUUUCUUCUCCGGACCCCUCUAACGGACCAAGGUCUCUUGGAGCGGCUAUCAGCAAUUAUUCGGUUCAGCGGUCCACCGUGACAUUGUAUGGGGAGAGGGUCGAAAUCGGGUCUUAUGCACGAGUUCCUUGGGGGGUGAUCCCUUUUUCUUUUUUCCUUUUUUCCUUUUUCCCUUUUUUUUUUUCCUCCCCCUUCCCUUUCUCCCCUUUCCCUCUCUUCCCUUCUAUCUGUUGAGAACCGCCAUGUUAUCACCCAGUACGGUACCGCAGUCUCCUCUGCGAUAUCGCAAGGAUACGUUGCCCUAUGUACUCGCACAGUACGUUCAGUGCAUGUUGUACGAUAUAUUGACGCAUGUAUGUAUGAUACGAGUACUAGUAAACCUUCAAGCGGACAGGUAGCCCUUUCCACGGUAUUCUCAUUCUACCUCCCUACCUGCCAACUGCUCAGGGUCAUACGGUGCUGCUGUAUUGUGUAUUUCUCUCAUGCGGCUGGGUGUUUGGGGGGGGAACGAAAAAACGAAGAAAGACCCCAUUCACGAGCACGGGUAUCGUACUCUGCAUCGUCGUUUGCCCAGGCAGCCUGGUCGGCUGGGAGCGACACAAGACGCAGAGCACCCUACCGUACAAGUACAGUACCCUUGGCGUCGCUCCGGUUUCGCACUCACACACCCUGCCCCGGCUGUUGCCUGCCAGCCCAGGGCGGCAUGGGUUUCUCGCGCAAUCUCGAUCCUGCCUAGUCCUUAUUUGUCAUCGGGGAGUGUUUGAGGACCCUUUUCACUCUUUUCACGUGACUGGUGGGGUUAGCCCUCCCUCUGUCCGCCCCCAGUCCCCACACAACCCAUGUCGAACACAAGCACCAUUUUUCCUGCCUCAAAUUUGGAAUCCCAUCAGCAAUUCGCAACAGCUUUCCGUCACACCUCACACUCCCACCCUCAUCCGUCUUGAACCUUAAAAAACCUCUCUUCAUCCUAUAAGAAGAUAUGGGGGCCAAGACCAACAAGGUAGAAUAUUUCGAAAAGCUCAAGGGACUCCUCGAGGCCUACAAGAGUAUUUUCAUCGUUACCGUCGACAAUGUGGGUUUCCGCCGAACAUGCGUGUGCUGGGUUUGCCCGUAUAUCCUGGAUGAGGAGUGCUGAUUAUCCAUUGGAAACAGGUCUCUUCACAGCAAAUGCACGAGAUCCGUGCCUCUCUGAGAGGUCAAGGUGUUGUUCUCAUGGGAAAGAAUACCAUGGUUCGCCGCGCUAUCCGUGGCUUGCUCCCCGACUCUCCUGAGUACGAGCGUCUUCUUCCACACGUUAAGGGUAGACGAUCGGGUUCUCUGGUUAUCCUGUGUUUUGCGGUCUAACGCCCCCCGAAUCUAGGGAAUGUUGGAUUCGUCUUCACCGAUGCCGAUUUGAAGGAUGUCCGUGAGAAGAUUGUUUCCAAUAAGGUCGCUGCCCCCGCCCGUGCCGGUGCUGUCGCUCCUCUUGACGUCUUUGUCCCUGCGGGAAACACCGGUAUGGAACCAGGAAAGACUUCCUUCUUCCAGGCUCUCGGCGUCCCGACCAAGAUUGCCCGUGGCACCAUUGAAAUUACCACCGACCUUAAGCUCGUUGAGGCCGGGAGCAAAGUCGGGGCUUCUGAAGCCACCCUUCUCAACAUGUUGAACAUCUCUCCCUUCACCUAUGGUAUGGGUAUCGCACAGGUCUACGACAAUGGUCAGGUUUUUGCACCCUCUGUUUUGGACAUCGAUGAGAAACAAAUCUUGGACAGCUUUUUGGGCGCAGCCAGGACUCUCGCGACCAUCUCUUUGGCUGUGAACUAUCCCACGCUGCCAUCGGUUGUUCACAGUUUGGUCAACUCUUACAAGAAUGUCAUUGCUGUCGCUUUGGGCACCGAAUACUCCUGGGAGGCAAUUGAUGAGCUUAAGGACAGGAUUGCUAACCCCGAUGCUUACGCUUCUGUUGGUCCUACUCCUGGGGCCGGUGCCGCUGAUCCUGGGGACGGCGGGCCAGAAACUAAGGAGGACGAGAAGGAAGAAGAGGAAUCGGAGGAUGAGGGUAUGUUUUCUAUGAAUUUCCAAUGCUCCCGGGAAUCUCGGCUGACCUCUGCAUAGGUGGAUUCGGUGAUUUGUUCGGUUAAAGUAAUUUUUAAACGGGAUGGUGUCACGAACUUGAGUAAAUCAUAGUUAUCCAACCUUUUCUUCCGUAUCUUGGCCCUCUUGUGAAUCCAAACCUUAGUUUGAUGUUGGUUGGGGACUUGGACAAAAGCGCGCUUCAUCGCCCGUAAGAUAUGACUCACAAGAUGGGCCCGAAUUGCCUCGCAAGAUUUUGAUAUAAAGGUCAGAUUCCUCAUCUGUUUGCCACCAACCAGUCCCUGCAUACCUAUGGCGAAAGAUUAUAUAUUUUUAACCCUGAUCAUCAUGAAGAUCAAAAAAAGGCAACACAACUUUACUCUAAUUUUUUCAUGACGCCUCCUCUUUUUUUUUUGUGCAUCAGCAGCCUUCUCAAGAAUCGUGCUAACUAAUGCCAAAAGGGCUUCUAGAUCAUCGCGUUUGUACAUUUGCCCACCCUACCAAUGAUACAGCUGCGUCCCUGGAUAACUGAUUAACCGACCUCGCAUUACCCCAUCCCGACUAUGCCUCGGUUCCCCCAGUGUCCGUAAUGCGCAAUGAUAACACCUUCGCACAGCACGAACGGUAGAGUGGGUACUGGUACUGGUAUUUGGAGGGGUGAAAUGGAUGGUGACCAGUCUCAUCUUUUCGAACGGGAAAUCUUCAAGUGACUUGUUAUUGUUUCGUAUCCACACGGUUGCGACGCUUUCUGAACCAUUGCUCGAUCCUGUUUCUGGGGGUUUUUUUUUUGCUUUUUGCUUUUCCUUCUGUCCCCUCCCUGCGUUUAGUUGAGUUAAGUCCGGGUGCUCUUCCGGGAAAUAGCUUAGAUGAGGAUGGGUUGCUACUUUUAGUGUAAAGUGCCGGUGGUUCAGUGGGUUGGGGCGGUUCAUAAGGUGCUCGGGGAGAUAUGUAGCUGUAAGUCUAAGAUCGGGAAUGAUAUCGGUGUUAGGCGUAGUUCACGGGCGGAGGGGGCUCGGGAGCAGUUGGCUUGGUCGGAGGAACUGCUGGCUGCCGCCUUAGUAUGAUACUGUAUCGGCUGAACUAAUUUACUGUCGCCGUGGGGAGGGAGGUCUUGACAUGUUAUCGUCCUAUUGUGUGCGCCGGAUAUCCCAGAUGCACGUUAGCCUAUAGCUAUCAAGCUAACUGAAAUCCCUCCGCUUGAAAGGUAUGAAUGGCUGGGCCCUUUUCCAUGGGUGGUCACUCGAUUUUGGAUAUUACUGGUGUCUAGUAUAUAUUUAUGAUAUUAUCUAUUAACUAUAUUAUGUAUGAUGCUGUAUCCGUAACUCA